AUAUUUUCUAAUUUUUAGAAAGUACACAAAAAUAGAUCGUACUGUAUUUAGACUUGUAUAAAUAGAUGAAGCGGGGAUGCAGAGGAUGGUAAGCAAAUAAGAGCAAAGAGAUAAAAAAAAAAAAAUGUUUUGUAGAGAGUCGUCGUCGAGCCUCCAGACCUUGAACAUAGCAAAGAGUCUCAGCUCUCUGUUCCCUAAACCGUCAGCACUCAUCAACCCCAUUUCGACAGGACGUAGAGACAAGCUUUGUCGUCGUCAAAACCUUGGAGGACGUUGUAAGGUCACGGCCUCGCAAGGUAACAUUGAGCAGAAAGGUAAAAUAGUGAAACAAAAAGUUAAGAAACUCAAAGUAAAGGGAUACAUAACUGCUCAAGAAGGGUUGCUGGAGGGCCUAGGUUGGUCGAGACCUCUGGAUGACAUUACUGAUAUCCGCGGCAGAUCACUGCUCGUCGAGCUUAUUAGCACCGAGACUGAGACCGGGACGCUGAUGGGGAUGGAUCCGGUAGAAGACUACGCACAACGCGUAUGGUCCGAAGCCCAUGAUGAGAAGUAUGAGUGUGUGUUUGACAUGCCCGAAGACUUUGGAACCGUGGGGGCCAUCCGGGUUCAAAACCAGCACCAUAGAGAGAUGUUCCUCAAGGAGAUGGAGCUUGAAUUACCCAGCGGCUCCGUUACGUUUGUAUGUAACUCAUGGGUGGCCCCAAAGUCCAUUGACCCAGCCAAGCGGAUAUUCUUCUCAAACAAGUCCUACUUGCCUUCUACAACCCCGGAGCCUCUUAAAAAGCUGCGGAAGGAGGAACUGGAGACCUUGCAAGGCAACAACCGCAAAAGAGUUGGUGAAUUUGCCAAGUACGAGCGUGUUUAUGACUACGACGUGUACAACGAUGUGGGUGACCCUGACAAAGAUGAGGAGCUUGCCCGUCCUGUUAUUGGAGGCCUCUCUCAUCCGUACCCACGGCGGUGCAAGACAGGUAGGAAACCCAGCGACAAAGACCCCUCCACAGAGAAACGGCACGGGGAGUUCUAUGUCCCUAGAGACGAGGAGUUCUCUACAGUCAAAGGCACUUCAUUCACGGGCAAGGCCAUCCUAGCAGCUCUUCCCUCCGUGUUCCCACAGAUCGAGUCAGCUCUGCUGGAUCCCAACUUGCCAUUCCCACACUUCAAGUCCAUAGAAGAUCUCUUUGAAGUAGGCAUCGAGCUUCCCAAGGAUGCUGGCCUUUUACCUCUGAUCCCCAGACUUAUCAAAGCUGCUUCUGAAGCACAAGAUGACCUCCUCCAGUUUCACCCCCCUAUUCUUCUUAAUAAGGAUAGAUUUUCAUGGAUCCGAGACGACGAGUUCGCUCGCCAGACACUUGCUGGCCUAAAUCCCUAUUGCAUUCAGCUAAUUGAGGAGUGGCCAUUGAAAAGCAAACUAGACCCAGCAGUUUACGGUGAUCCCAACUCACUCAUUACUUGGGAGAUUGUGAGUAAAGAAAUCAGAGGAGUCAUGUCAGUUGAUGAGGCUCUAAAGAAUAAGAGAUUGUUCAUGUUGGAUUAUCACGAUUUGCUUCUACCGUAUGUGAACAAAGUCAGAGAGUUGGAUGGUACCACCUUAUAUGCUUCUCGAACAAUAUUCUUCCUCAGCGAUGAUAGCACAUUGAGGCCCGUUGCCAUUGAGUUGACUCGUCCCCAAGAUGUCAACAAGCCCCAAUGGAAGCAGGUCUUCUCGCCAGGCUAUGAUGCUACCUCCUGCUGGCUAUGGAAUCUUGCUAAGACUCACGUUGUUGCUCAUGAUGCCGGUUAUCACCAGCUUAUUUCCCACUGGCUGAGGACGCACUGCUGUAUGGAGCCAUACAUAAUAGCGGCAAACAGGCAACUAAGUGCUAUGCAUCCCAUCUAUAGGCUUUUGCAUCCCCACUUCCGCUACACCAUGGAGAUCAACGCUCGUGCACGCCAAAGUCUCAUCAACGCAGGUGGAAUCAUUGAGACUUGUUUCUGGCCCGGAAGGUAUUCAGUAGAGCUAAGUUCAGACGUCUAUGGUAAACUUUGGAGGUUCGACAGGGAAGGCUUACCUGCAGACCUCAUCAGCAGGGGGCUGGCCGUGGAAGAUGAGACCGCGGAACAUGGGGUACGGCUGACGAUACCGGACUACCCAUUUGCGAAUGAUGGUCUAAUGCUGUGGGAUGCACUUAAGGAAUGGAUAACAGACUAUGUGAAGCACUAUUAUCCAGAUGCAGGACUGAUCAUGUUGGAUGAGGAACUCCAAGGAUGGUGGGAUGAAGUGAGGAACAUAGGGCAUGGAGACAAGAAAGACGAACCAUGGUGGCCUGUGCUGAAAACACAAGAUGACUUGAUCGGCGUGGCGACAACGAUAGCGUGGGUGGCCUCUGGUCACCAUGCAGCUGUAAACUUUGGACAGUACGGGUAUGGAGGAUACUUUCCCAACAGACCAACCACAACAAGGAUAAAAAUGCCUGUGGAAGACCCAGAGUUAAUGGGCCUACAGGAAGACAGUUUGGCCCAAAUGAUGAUGAUGCUAUCUUAUUAUCGAAUGCAAUCUGCGGAGGAGAAGGCAGGCGAGGGAAUGGAGAGUUGCGGCCGGAGCAGUCUGAGCUUCAUCAUAGCUUCAAGGCCGUUUCAUCUCCACCGGUCAAGCGACCGUCUUUUUCCCUCUCUUAGCUUAAUUCAUCACAGUCUCAAGCGCAGGCUCUCUCUCUCCAUCACCUCAUUUUCCUCCCAUCCUCUCUCAGACAAGGGAAGCCCCCUGCCGCGUGGGGCGGGAGAAGGAGUCAAGGAAGAUGCGAGGAGUAAGCUGCUUCAAGUAGUCUUGGUCUCUCCCCAGAUUCCUGGGAACACAGGUUGCAUUGCAAGAACAUGUGCGGCUUCAGCUGUUGGGCUACAUUUAGUCGGGCCAUUGGGUUUUCAAGUGGAUGACACCAGGCGUAGCUAUGUGGUUGUCAAAGCGCAUGGCUCAUGGGCUGAGUUUCAAGAAUAUUUCAGGCAACAGGAGGGAGAAAAACGGAUGAUAGCUUUCACAAAAAGGGGAACAAAGAUACAUUCAGAAUUCUCUUACCGAAGAGGCGAUUACCUCCUGUUCGGGUCAGAGACAAGCGGUCUACCUCCUGAAGCGCUGUCAGACUGCAAAAACGAAUCAUAUGGAGGAGGGACCAUACGUAUUCCGAUGGUGGAAACAUAUGUGAGAUGCCUGAAUCUGUCGGUGAGUGUAGGGAUUGCUUUGUAUGAAGCGUCCAGACAACUUAACUAUGAGCAAAUUGAGUGUGCACCUGAAGGCGGUGUGAAUGGCGAAGAACCUUUGUUCGCAGAGGAUAUUUUUGCG